AUGAUAUUAUCAUUAACAUUUUCUAAGUCAGUUACAAAUUCAAUGCUUGAUUAUAAAUAUCUGUGGAUGAGACCAGAAUUUAAUUUUGAACAUAAACGUCGUCGAACAACUUAUACAUGUCAUCAACUACUUGAAUUAGAAAAAGAAUUUCAAUGUAACAAUCGAUUUAAAUGGAAACAUGAUAUGUUUAAAUCACGUAAUCAUCCACAACAUGUUGAACUUGAAGCAAAAGCAACAAAUCAUAGUCGAAAUCAUCAUUCAUAUGCUGCAUGA